CCACCAACCUGUUCGUCUUUGAAUUGGUCCGACCAGAAACUCCGGUUACUUGAGGUUAGUUCUGGAGGGAAGUGACGUCACUGUUUUUUUUUUUUUUUUUUGUUGGCUUGGUAAACUCCAUGAUUCUGAGACAGGGUCGUGAGAUGGAAGAAGGUCAAACACAGAAGGUCGUUAUUUACCAGGCAGAUGGGGUUGGACAAUAUCCAGUAAUCCGGAAGACAGGCAGGGGUCAAGAGCCAGAAGAUCUGAUGACUGACGGUACCGAUAAGGGGUGCGACYAGACCCGUUAAUCCGAGGAGAAUGGCGAGGGUCGUAAUCAAGGAGGCAGAUGGCAGGAAAAAUCCGUCAGAGGCAAAGGCAGGAGUCGGGGAACCAGAGGACAAAAARYGGGUCGUGAUCACAGGACAAGAGCAAGGCAUGAGGAAGGAACGCUGGAAGAUCAUAGACAGAGCUAAUGAUAAUCUGGCACUGGGCAGAGGUUUAACCUCUACAGGACCUGCUUUAUUCACCUGGAUGCUGAAAAUGAAAUGCUCUCUUGCUGCUACAGUUUUCAGUGAGGUGAGCUGCCCGGAGGACGCUGUGAUCUGCGGGGUGAAUAUGUCCUGGCUUUUAGCUAACGCUACAGAAGAAGAUGUGAAGGAAAUGUGUGUGAACGAGGAGAAGUACCUCGCCGAGCGCCUAGGUCCUCUAGAGUCCCCCUGGUUUCUUCCUGUGUGUGCCACCUACCUUGUUAUUUUCACGGUGGGGGUCCUGGGCAAUGCCCUGACUUGUACGGUCAUUUUACGCUACAAGGUAAUGCAGACGCCCACCAACUACUACCUGCUCAGUCUGGCGGUGUCCGAUCUGCUGGUGCUGCUGCUGGGCAUGCCACUGGAGCUUUACGAGAUGAAGCACAACUACCCCUUCCUGCUCGGGGAGGGGGGCUGCUACUUCAAAAUCUUUCUGUUUGAGACCGUCUGUUURGCCUCCAUACUUAACGUGACGGCUCUUAGCGUGGAACGCUACAUCGCRGUGGUGCAUCCCCUGAAAGUCAAACACAUGACCACGGGUACUCACGUUAAGAGAGUCAUUGUCACGCUGUGGGGGCUGUCCAUGCUGUGCGCCAUGCCCAACACCAGUCUGCACGGGACUGUGGUGUUACCUCCGAAGUUUGGACGAGAAUUUCCCCGCUCUGCCAUCUGUCAUGUGGUCAAGCCCACCUGGAUAUACAYCCUGAUCAUCCUGAUCUCUACGCUGCUCUUCUUCUUUCUCCCCAUGUUGAUCAUUAGCAUUCUCUACUUGCUCAUUGGCCUGCAGCUGUACCGGGAGAAGCUGAUGACUGUCAUGGGGACUAAUUGCAGCUUUGAUCCUGACAAAGUCUUCAAGUCCCACAAGCAGAGGCUGACCAAGCGCAACCUGCAGGUUACCAAAAUGCUCUGUGUGUUGGUGGUUGUUUUUGGGAUUUGCUGGGCUCCCUUUCAUGUGGACCGCUUAGUGUGGAGCUACAUCGACCCAUCAUCUGUGCAGCACCUCAAGAUCUUCGAGAACGUCCACAUCAUCUCCGGAGUCUUCUUCUACCUGAGCUCUGCUGUCAACCCAAUCCUCUACAACCUGAUGUCCACCAAGUUCAGAGAAAUGUUCAGUCACAUCACCUGCUCCUCAAAAGGCUGGCGAGCACGUUCAAGCUUCCAGAUGACCCAGCGAAGUUCACUGAAGGAGGAGGAGAAGCCCGACGAAAACAAAUCGGUUUAAUAUCCUCUUGAGUCAGUGUAAAGAAGACAGAGAAAAAGAAUGAAAUAAAAAAUAAACCCAAA